GACAAGAUCAAUGCUGACUUCAACGGCUUUCGCUCGUCUUGCGAGAAGGUGCAGAAUGAAGCCCAAGCCGCCCUGAGCAACAUUGACGUCGACAAAAAUGAGAUGGCGUCCUUCAGGUCCUACCACAAGACGUUGAAGGCUGCUGAGACCCACGCGAAGGAGAAGAGGAUGUUGCAGCGACCUGACGCUGUGCGCUCUGUUGAGAACAUUGUCAAAGGCGCCAAGCUGCUGUGGGGGUUGAAGAAUGCAGCCGCCCAGCAGGACAAGGGCAAGUGCAAGCAAAUCGUUCAAGAGAUCAAGGGCAGCAACCUCGUCAAGGACGUGAAGGCAGCUUUGCUGGAUGUUGACUCGCUUCAUGAUGAAGCCUGGCGGCCGUAUGAUCUCAAAGAUGCUUGCUUGGAGUUUGUCUUGUGCCGCCAGCUGCGUGCCGGCUGGAAUCGAUUGGAUGUGACCCCUGCAGACAUCGAGACUCAUGUCUUCAGUGCGUUCAACAGGGCUAUGACAGAGGAUGCU